AUGAUUUAUGUUACCGUAUAUGGAUAUUACGGUACUCACCUAGUUCGGAGUAUACAUGAUCUGGAUGCCACCUCGACUACCUACCUACCUAGGUAAAUAAUAAGUACCCAGCACUCCAGUCUCUACCCAAGGAUUAAGAAAGAAACAUCCCGCUCGAGCAAAAUCUACUUGGAAUACUAUUCCUGUCCUGGUCCUAGGUACACUUUACUCAUCUAUCGACCUGUAUAUUACCUUCAUCUACUGUAGCGGAAAAGUUAGUCCGAUCAGACUCCCGAGCAUUGACCCCAUCCCCAUCUCCCCAAGAACACCAAGACCGAAAGACGACUAAAUACAGAACAACAACACCAUAUAACAAUAUCACCAAAACUCCCCCCAAUUCUCAUCGUUCACCACACAUCUCUACAUCUUACAGUCUGUACAGCAACGUAAGCCGCCGUCUCGGUUGAUUCGUCUCCCAUCUUCAUUUCUCCUUUCUCCUCCCUCGAUACGCCUCCCGCCUCGAGCUUCAGGUUCUCUACACUUCCAGAAGCUCCAGCUUCCCUCCAGGGUUCCGUUUAGACCUUCUGAUUGUUGGCAAAUUCAAUUCGAAUCAGAUCUCACUCGUUUUCGUAUUCUCGUAUUCUUGUAUCUACAGUCCCUCGUUUCAUCAACAUUCAAACUGUCUCGCAAUCAGGUACUCAGAACUAGAAGCCUUCGACAGCCGCUAUCAGAUCUUUCACAUCCCUUCUCCAAAUUCGAAUAUACAUCUUAACAUCACGACAAGACGCUCUCCCGGAGGCGUUUCUCAACCUUCAAAAUUCCUUCCGCAACCACCGCCAAGCUGUCUUCCCCACUCCUCCUCCCUCGCACAGUCUCUUACGACGCGAGUUCAAAUCCACCUCGUCCAAGUGGUCCAUAUCGAACAAUGAGUGAGCAAAAGGUUGGACGCAGGAGGCGGUCGAGCAGUUUGCUAUAUCAGGAGCCACCGGAGACAAUUGAGCAUAUGAGUGAUCAAGCGGCGUUACCAAAUCUUAAUGCCAACUGGGUGAACGCAAAAGGUGCUUGGACAAUACAUCUGGUCUUAAUCGCAUGCCUCAAGAUUCUUUUUGAUAUAAUCCCCGGUGUUUCCCAAGAGACAUCUUGGACAUUAACAAAUAUAUCAUACAUGUUUGGUUCUUUUCUCAUGUUUCAUUGGGUCCGUGGUGUACCAUUUGAGUUCAACGCUGGAGCCUACGACAAUUUGAACAUGUGGGAACAGAUUGAUAAUGGAGCUCAAUACACGCCUGCAAAGAAAUUUCUCAUGAGUGUACCAAUCGUUUUGUUCCUCAUUAGUACUCAUUAUACCCAUUACGACCUCACUUACUUUAUCAUCAACUUUCUCGCCGUUCUCGGAGUUGUGAUACCAAAAUUGCCUUACAGCCACCGAACUAGAGUUGGCCUAUUCUCAGCGCCAGAGGACAAUUACAGAUGAUAUGAUAUGAUAUUUGAAAGUACAUCGAAGUACAUGAUUGCAUCCAAUUAGGCGUUUGUUUGUACGAUAUCUUGAGGCUUCACUAUUUUUCAUUUCAGAUCAUGAUGAGAAUACACUGGUUAACAGAAAAUAAUCCCGGACCCGGUGAACUGUAUCUAGAAAUAGGGAUGGAGUUUAGGUACACUUACAAUUUUUGGCUAUCUUCUAAAAUUGUUCUAAUAUGGAUUUGAUUUUCUAUCUCUUUCUCCUUCUUUUCGUGAUGAUGUGUUUUUCCUUGGGCGAGCAGUCAUUGGUAAAGGUGACGCUGUUUCCUUUCAUAAAACCUAUGGGUGCUUGACAAGGAGAUGUAAUCUUACCUUGAUGAGCCAUUGAUAUUUGAUGAUGGGAUGGUGUUUUCCAUAACAACUUCUAUUGGUAUUGGUGACCUCGAUAAAAUCCAAUGGCAUUUCUAUUUUCCUUUUAAAAUGGAU